AUGUUGGAACCUAACGCACCAUUACAAAGAAGUGCUUCACCCAUCAGACGUAACCCUCGACCUUUAAGUUUAAUUCCUGAUCUUGAUGUACCACCUUUAAUACCACGCUGGUUUCACGCUAUUGAUAACCCUCUUAUCGACCCAAUAUCUAUCAGAAAGGCAAAGAGCUCUUCCAACUUGAAUAAGUCAACUAUACCCAAAAGCCCGUCAACGCCCAAGGUUUCUACGAAAUGGGUACCUUUUUCGCAACGUGACUCUGCUGCUUUGGAAAAAGCAUAUCAGAAUAAUGAUGUUAGAGCUAAAGUUCCUGUCAAUGAAGAUCACCUAUUUGAAGUGGAUGUCUCUCAACGCACUAUCAGUCCAGUCUACUGGGAAGGCCCAACCUACGAAGUAAGAAGAGCAACAUGGUUUAUGCAAGCAGACGGUUGGGUUCCCUGUGAAGAAAAUCUGGCAGAACAAAUUGAACUAGGCUAUUACAAACACAAACCAUACAACACAAAGACUGCUUCAGGAACAGAGGAUGAAUCAACAGAAGAAAAAAAAUUAGAUGAAAUUGUGGACAAAAAAUGGAAUUUAUUAGGCCCUUAUCUUGGACAACAUAUUGUCUACACAGGGAAAAAUCAAGCCUGGCUAUUCUCGAACAGUACGAGUAGUAAAUUUGCCAAGAGUAUCAUCACACGGCUUACCAACAAGCAAAAUUUGGGUGGUACGCGUUUGAUUCGAGGAUAUCCUGAAGUAGAAGAAAUAGCGAAAAAAUCGAAAAGUACGGCUAAACAGGUGACUGAGGAUAAUAAAGAGUCGGAUAAUGAAGAAGAGCAGCAGGAAUUACAGGAAGCCGAAGACUAUGCAAAUGAAGAUAGCGAAGGAGAAGUACGAAAUAUUGACCAUUUGAUGUUUGUCAUUCAUGGAGUAGGACAAAAGAUGUCAGAAAGGACAGGGCAAACGUUUGUACAUGAUGUCAAUAUGAUGAGAAAGACCUUAAAGUUGGCUUAUCCUGCUGUGAUAGCAACUACAGAUACACCUCAGCGACCUAAUGGCAUUCAGGUACUACCAAUCAUGUGGAGGCAAGACGUCAAGUUUGGAAUGGCUGCAGACGACGAAGAGGGAUGUGAAGCUGAUUUGGGCACUGUGGGUGUGGAAGAUGGCUGCCCUACACUAGAUGAACUAACGCUCGAGGGAGUACCAAAUAUACGAACGGUAGUCUCUGACGUGCUUAUGGAUGUGCCACUGUAUAUGACGCCUAGAUAUAGAGAACAAAUGACACAGAUCAUUACUAGAGAAAUUAAUAGAGUAUAUCGUUUAUUCAUUCAACGUAACCCUGAAUUUCAAGAUAAAGGAAAGGUCUCUAUUUUCGGUCAUUCCUUGGGUUCUCUACUAGCAUUUGAUAUGCUGAGUUUACAGCCACCUACAGUACCCACCGAAAAUGUAGAGGAACCUCGACCUUCGACGAGCGAGAAAAGCAAAUUGCCGCCACUUUUGUUCCCAGUUGACAAUUUUUUUGCAGCUGGUUCACCUUUAGGUGUCAUUCUUUUAUUAAGGGGAUUCAAAAUUGCGUCAAGAAAAUCACUGGAUCCAGCAAGCAUACAUCAGGCCUUGUCUGACAUAAAAGCGCCUUCAGCUUCGUCCAUUAACUUUUGUUAUCCAGCUGUAGAAAAUCUAUACAACAUAUUCCACAAGUCUGAUCCUGUAGCUUAUCGCUUGGAACCACUUAUUGCUCGUCACUAUACAGCCAAACUAAAACCAGAGCCUAUACCGUACAUGAAAGGAGGACUGAAAAGCGUGAUUGAAGCUAGUUUUAAUGUGGGUAGUGGAAUAGCUAACCGUGCAGGAGCAAUGUAUGAGUCAAUCAAGAUCGGUCUAACUACCAACUUAUUUAUGCGUGGCCUGGGAUUAACGAGGCAACAAAUAUAUGAAGAUACACAUCCUAAACCAGACAUUCAGAAAGAGGAAGAGAGUACAGACGACGUUUAUAAACUCAAUGUAAAUAGAACACGGUCCAAUAGUGACCCAGCCCAUGCAUUUAGGACAUCAUCCAGCAAUUUCCAAAAAUCAAGCACUAUGAAAGGAAGCCCACGUAAAUCACCACCAGUACCUUUACCAACAGUGAAUUAUUCAGCUGGAGCAAAGAAAUUGAAAAUGCUAAACGUAACUGGUAGAGUAGAUUAUUGUUUACAAGAAGGUUUAUUAGAGAAUCCAUAUUUAAGCGCAUUCAGUGCACAUAUGCAGUAUUGGCAGGACUUGGAUGUUGCGGCUUUCCUUAUAAAGCAAAUCUACAAAUAA